CGCAAACUUAUCGUUCGUGUGAUACGAUAUUUUUUUUUCCAUUUUCUUUCCUUCUUUUCUUUUUUUUUUUUUUUUACAUAUAUAUAUGUUCUAUACAUCGAUCAAUUCGUUAUAUGACUUUGGAAAAAAUCUUUUCAAUUGCAACUAAAAGGAGGAUGAUAUCCUUGCUGGUCAAUUUUUUCGCAAUCGUGCUAAUAAAUGGAGAAUUGACUGAACCUCCUGUUAGCACGUCAUCGUUACCUUUAACAACGAUUCUUAUAAAUACGGAGAAAAUGAACGAGGAACAAACGACAAUGCCUUCUAUUCUUGAAAUAGCUUUUAGAGGCCCUUCAGAAGGCCUGUCUAUAGGAGCUAUCAUAUCUGCACCUCAAAUAGAAUGUGAUGUAGGAUAUAAACGAGAUGGGAAUGGCAUUUGUAGACCCGUCACAUUUUGACGACCAAUCAAAAAAUUUCUUUCUCUUUUAUUCUGCCAUCUCUGCAGUGAUAUCAUUCACACCGAUGCGAUCGAUUAACCCGUCCAUGAAAACGUUUCCGGUGUUCUUCGACCCGUAAAGAGAGGCCAGCUGUCGUGCAAAACUUUAGGAAGACAAACGAUAGCCUUUCAGACUAAGCCGGGCCAAGUUUUCGCGUAUUUUCGGAAGGACGGAUACGAGUCAACGAGGGAACAGCAGGCUGCCAUCUCGUAUAACCUGUGAAGUGUUUAUAAUUGAAAAGUUUUCUACGUUGAUAUAUCUCUUACGAUAUACGAAUUACAACCAUUUCAUUUUAUUCCAUAAUCCAAUCGAA